GCUGCAUUAGCAUUUUUAUAUAGACAGUUGGGGUUUGCUAGCCGGUCUGGGGUUAAGCAGAUCGGUGGUUAUAUGACUCUUUUGGAGGCGUGGAUUGAUGAGCACUUCCGAGCAUUCCGACCUCAUCAGAACAUGGGCUACAAUGAAGACAUGCCACACGUGUACCAUUGGGCAUCUAGGAGAGAGGCGGGUUCCUCCAUUGACCAUUUGAAAUCUUUUCGAGCCGAGCUUGAUAGUUUAGUAGCUACUGAUGUUAUUUGGGAUCCAUACCACAGCUGUAGAAACCGGCAUCCAUGUAACCCGGUUACGUUCUACCAUGGAUGCUUAAAGUGCUUAGACGUUGUCGAACCCUAUCAUCCAGAUAGAGUUUUGAGGCAGUUUGGCAGGGUUCAAACCAUUCCAGAUGCACUACUAGCUCCCAGUCGUGGUGCGCGAGGCAACAUAUCUGCACGAUAUACAGUCAUGUACAGAUACUUGGAUAGGAUCUGGGAGGCUUGGGAUAACCACGUGUUAUCUAAGCAACGGAGGAGCACACCAGUUCGUCAGCCUUGGCAAUGUGUACCGGGUUACAUGGAUUGGUAUAAGAAUAUCACGCACCUAUAUGUCGAGCACACUGAUGAACCGCGUGUCCAUGACCAUCAGGAUUUCAGCGAACAUGCGGAUCGUAUUGCACAUGCACUGCAGAUUUCACAUCCUAUUAUUGACGUUGGUUAUUAG